GUUCUGCUCCUGCCUGCCUGUGGGAUGCCUCACUGGCCUGGCCGGAGGGCCCCAGACGCCGGCAGUGGGAGCCCAGGCUGCUGGCUGCUCCACAAAGCCUGGCAGGGGCAUUGGGGCUCUUGGUCCCAGGACUGCUGUGGGGAGCUGCGGACGCUGGAUUUGGGUCCCAGACACUGGGUGCUCCAUGAGGACGGGAAGAUGGCGACAGGCUCCCUCGGGGCAUUCGCAUUUGGGAAGGGCGGGUCGCCAGGGCCACCACCUUCCCCGCUGAGGGGUGUGGGAGUGCCAAGAGCGCUGGGAGGUUCCAGGAGCCUGCGGCUGCGGCACUUCCGUCCCCAGACCAGACGGUGGCUUAACAAUCUGGACCAGGGCCUCUCCCUAGCACCCCAGCAAUGCUGUGUGGGGGACCAGCAGGCUGAGGUCCAGGGAAAGUGAAAGAAAAACGGCCAGUGGGUUUUCUGUGCUGUUCAAGGGACUGCACCUUGAGAAGGAGACGUGAGGUGAGAGCUGUCCCCCAAGGAGAUGGGGUUCGGCAGGAGCUCCCUGAGUGGCCCCAGAGCGGGGCUCACUGGAGCCUCGGUGUUCGGUGUUCGCUGUGGGCUGCUUAUCCUGUCAGUCUUCCCGAGGACCUUUCUGAUUCCUUCACAGGAGCGCGUGUGAAAGUCCGUAGAAUUCCAUGGUUUUCGGCACUAGAUGGGGUCAAGGGAUUGUUUCCUUUCCUGUUUUCUUGUAAGACACAGUUGGAAUGAUGCAGCUUGAACAAGGGGGUUUGCACUGUCUGUGCAGAAUUCUGCAUGGCUGCCCGAGGGAGUGCCGGGGACAUGUCUGUCCUGUCCUCAGGGGUAGAGCCUGGGCUUUGACACUGACUCUGCUGUGGACAAGCUUCUUGGUGUCUCCGCACUUGAAGUUCCAUGAAGUGGGGUCAGUUACUCCGACCUUCCGGGCCGUGCCGACACACAGCAGGGCCUCCAUCAUUCUUGGUGUCCCUGACUCCCUAAGGGAGCCGUGCCGCUCUCUUCCUGCCUGGUGACGCAUUUUGUUUCUCUCUGACCUCAGGUUGGGAGCGGUGGGCACCGUCCAGGGGCUGAGGCAGGGCGGGCAGAAGGCACAUGUCUUCGUAGCCCCACACCGGCUGCGGAGCCCUGGUGACGAGUCCCUGAACCCUAUAGCCUGCCCUUUGAGGGACCAGAGGGUGACCAUAGAACCAAACCAGGAAGAGCAGGUACAUCCGUCCCAGGAAGCCAUGCCAAACCUCCCCGAGGCCUCUGCAUGGCCUCUCCAUCUGCACAGUGACCGGAACCCAGAGAGCCCCAGGAAGGGGUCCUGUCAGCCCUGGGGGCCAGGCGGGCCGUGGACAAAGCCGGAAGCAGACAGUGCGGAGGAGAAGCUGCUCCUGCGGGUGGCUGAGCAGGCUGAGCGGGCAGCCACGGAGAGAGCGUGCUGGUGGGAGACGUGGCUGCAGGAGCCAGUCACCUUUGACGAUGUGGCUGUGAAUUUCACGCAGGAAGAGUGGGUGUGUCUAGACACCAGUCAGAGGCUCCUGUACCAGAACGUCAUGGCCGAGACCUUCAGAAACCUGCUGUCCGUGGAUUUGAUCAUCAAGCUUGAGCAAGAAGAAAAGCAGUGGAGAGCCGAGCUCCCGCUCCGUCCCCCAAGUGGAGAAGGCCUCCCUUCAGGCAGUGGGAGGAAGGCACUUGAGGAAGAGAUGCAGAGGCCACCAGACGACAAGGAGGCCCUGGCCUGUGGAGGGACAGGCCCAGCCUCUGUGGCCCCGGCGUCCGCACCUAGGACCCCCGAACUGCCUGCACCUCAGGCCGGGCCGCCCUUCCAGUGCCAGCCGUGUGGCCGGAGUUUCAGCAAGCGUGCCAGCCUGCUCAGCCACCAGUUCGUGCACAGUCCCCACACGACCAGCAGCUGCGGCCAGUGUGGGAAGUGCUUCCGAAACCCGAGGGAGCUCGGCUACCACAGGCGCACACACCUCGGGGACAGGCCCUUCUGCUGCCCACUCUGUGACAAGACCUACUGCGACGCAUCAGGGCUGAGUCGCCACCGCCGCGUCCAUCUGGGUUACCGGCCCCAUUCCUGCCCCUGCUGUGGGAAGUGCUUCCGGGACCGGUCAGAGCUCAGACGCCACCAGAAGACACACCAGAACCAGGAUCGGGUGGCUGGAGAUCAGAAGCCCAUUGGGACCAUCCCAGGCACUGGAGCUCAGGAGCACACCGACGAGAGCCAGGGGUCCAGCCAGGAGCUUGUGGCUGUGACUCACGCCCUGGUGGCCAGGGCCCGAGAAGCCACGACUGGAACCCAGGGUCCUGUGGCCAAGAUGCAGCCAGGGGUUGACAGGAAGCCCGUGACCACUGUGAGACUGUGGGCAGCAGCCAGUGCAGCCCCGGGACCUGGGACCAGGAUGCACACGCCCAACCCGAGAGCCCCCUGCCUGGACCCCAGGCCCCACGGCCCCCCAGCAAAGCCCUCAAGACUCAAGGUGUUCUCUUGCCCCCAUUGUCCUUUGACUUUCGGCAAGAAAGCAUGUCUCUCCAGCCACCAGCAGGCCCAUGUGUCAGGGCAGCCCCGCAGCUGCUUCCGCUGUGGCAAGUCCUUUAGCUCAUCAUUGGCGCUGGUCAGACACCAGCAGACACACUGGAGGCAGAAGACCUACCGUUGCCCAGUGUGUGAUGUCUGCUUUGGGGACAGGGACAGCCUCCUGGGUCAUUGGGGGGACUCCAAAAGCUGGGACCUGUGUCUGGGCAACCUUCAGGUGUGCUGGGCCAUCCUGAGCCAGUGGCUUAGCUUCUUUCAUGAUGCCCCCCUUUUGUCAGGGAAGGAGAUGGACUUGCCCCGGGACUCAGGCUCCCAGGAGAGGGCGCGAAGGGUGGGGAGGGGACACCGGACGGGGGAGAGCAGAUGA